AUUGAUGACAAGACCCAAUAUAACCGCUUCCAGCUUUCAAGUUUCGGUGUCUCGCAAAAUUUUCGUCAACCAAAGGUAAUUUCCAGCCAUCAAACCUUUCCCAAUAUUGUGCAAUAGUAACCCGAACGUUCGGAAGUUUCAUCGGCCAGUGCGUGUUACUAUAAGACAAGAAAAUGUCCCAGUUGGAUCCGAAUGAACCAGUGGGGGCUAAUUCAGCUGGUUACUUUCAAAGAGGCAGCUUUUCCAGCGACGGGAGACAUUUAAGCAGAGGGGCAAUAAAGAAAAAGUUCAACAGAUAUAACCAGGCACUUCCAGGCCCCGCAAAGCAACUCAAGCCCGAAAUAAAUGGCUCUUCUGCUCAACUGAAUGCCACUGCACCGGAGUUCGUCCCUUCGGGCAGCGCUACGAAAAGGGACUUUCAGGAGAGAUCCUGGAGAGAUCGCAGCAAGUCGCGAAACUGGCGCAACUCGGAUAUGCAGUCUAUGGGUGAUAGGGCGAGACAUUCCGGAAGCAAUUCCUUUAACCCAGAACCCAAUGAGUAUAGGGAAUAUAACAACUGGAAUGGCAGGGAAAACAGUGCAGAGUUCGGCAACAAUCCAUCCUCGUAUAGAUACGACAGGCCAGGGCCGAGUGCCACGGGGUUUCAAAGCAAAAAAACCCCAACCAAUUAUAGAACUGGCUACGUUAACAACGGCUACCAUCGGCCUAAUAGGUUCCAGGGAAGUUUUAGCAACAAUCACAGCGCAGAUGGUGGCUUUGAAAAAAGAAAAUUUCCAGACAGGAAAAACAGUGGGAAAUCCAGUAAACUAUAUCCAACCACAGCUGGGCAAAGAGAGCGACUAACUGAGAUGAUCGUUAACAACCUGCUCGAGUGCCUGGUUUGCUGUGAGAAAAUCAAGAGAUCAGACGGAGUCUGGUCCUGUUCCCAAUGCUACCACAUCAUUCACUUGACCUGCACGGUUGCAUGGGCCAAGUCUUCAAAGGUUGAGGAAAACUGGCGCUGUCCAGCUUGCCAAAACUCGUACGCCGAAGUGCCGCACCAAUACACUUGCUACUGUGGAAAAUGCGUCCAACCAAGGGCAAACCCCACUGUGCUGGACCACGGUUGCGGGAGUAUGUGCUUGAGAAUAGGCAAAAGCUGCGCACACAAGUGCAAUAUUGUAUGCCAUCCAGGUCCGUGUCCUGAAUGCAGUAUCAUGGUGUCGAAGUCUUGUGGAUGCGGUGCUACUCAGCAGAUGGUCAAAUGCUGCAGCAAUUUGGAGAUUAUUUGCGACGCCACAUGCAACAAGCUUUUGAACUGUGGAUUGCAUAGAUGCGAGGCAACGUGCCAUGCUGGGGCUUGCCAGCCUUGCGCUGAGAUGAUUGUCCAAGAGUGUUACUGCGGGGUAACUGGCCGGAAGGUGGCGUGUGAUGAAGCGCAUGUUGGGCAGACAAGGUUCAGUUGCCAGAAUACUUGUGGCAAGUUGUUGCCUUGCGGCAAUCAUUACUGCCCGGCUAGUUGCCAUUCUGGGCCUUGCGGCCUCUGUCCCACCGAUGUGGAUCUCAUCAAGUUCUGCCACUGUGGGAAGACUGAGCUGCAGACUGCGAGGCUCUCCUGCCUGGACUCUAUACCUUGCUGUGCCAACACCUGCGGGAAAAGGUUCAUUUGCGGCCCUCCCAGCAAGCCGCACACUUGCGUGGAAAAGUGCCAUGAAGGAGAAUGCGCGCCUUGUCCCUUAACAACUGUGCUGAAGUGCCGAUGCGGACAUAUGGACAAAGAAGUGGCCUGCCAGAAGCUAACAACCAAGGCAGACGACGCGAGGUGCGAGAAGAAAUGCACGAAAAAGCGUCUAUGUGGCAAGCACACUUGCAAGCAAAAGUGCUGCAUCGAGUUUGAGCACAUUUGCCGCCUGCCUUGCAACAAGCUGCUGACUUGCGGGCUGCACAAGUGUGAACUCACAUGCCAUUCUGGCCGAUGUCCGGCCUGCAUGGAAACCAGCUUCGAUGAGCUUUACUGCGAAUGCGGAGCCAGCGUUCUCUUUCCGCCAAUUCGAUGCGGAACCAAACUUCCAGCCUGCAAGAAGCAAUGCUCCAAACCGCGUGCUUGCGGCCACGAUCCGAACCACGAAUGCCAUCCAGGGCCCUGCCCACCAUGCUUCGUUCUCACCAAGCAAUGGUGUUACGGACACCAUGAGCAGCGUGCAGUCAUUCCCUGUCACCAAAGCAGCUUCGGCUGCGGCUUGCCAUGCGGUAAGCAGAUGCCUUGUGGCCGACACAGAUGCACCAAGGCAUGCCAUGAAGGCGAUUGUCCUUUGCCAUGCUCGCAACCGUGUUCAGCGCCAAGGACGCUGUGUGGACACCCAUGCAGCAAGCCGUGCCACGACUCACCGUGCCCGGAAAGUAACUGCUGGCAAAUGGUUCCAGUGACUUGCUUGUGCGGCCUGCAAAAAGCCAGCAAGAGCUGCAUGGAGUUAACUGAAGAGUUCCGCCGAAUUGAAAUGGCUCAGCUGAAGGACAGGCUGAGCCACAUGAUGAGCAACGCCAGCGUGGACUUGCAGGAGGCAUCAGUGAGGAGACCCGCCAUUCUAAAAGUGUUGGAAUGCAAUGAAGAAUGCAGAGUAUUGGAUCGGAAUCGGCGUCUAGCUAUUGGGCUGCAGAUCCUAAACCCCGACCUCAGCCAGAAGCUCACACCCAGAUAUUCGGACUUUCUGCGCCAAUGGGGGAAGAAGGACGGGCACUUCUGCCAGAAGGUCCACGAUAAGUUGACCGAGCUGGUUCAGUUGGCAAAGCAGAGCAAGCAGAAGAGCCGCUCGUAUUCCUUUGAGUCGAUGAAUCGGGACAAGCGGAAGUUUAUCCACGAAUACUGCGAGCACUUUGGGGUUGAAAGCGCUGCUUACGACGCCGAACCCAACAGGAACGUGGUAGCCACUGCGGUUAAGGACAAAUCGUGGCUGCCCAGCUUGAGCUUGCUGGAAUCGGUGCGAAGAGAAAACGGGCACAGGAAGAUUCCCCUUCCGACACUAGGCCACAGUCCUAAUCCUGAAAACGAAAUUGUGUCCUUGAAACUACUCACUAGCACUAAAAAGGACUAAACUCUACCACUGCAGAGUGAGUGGAGGGGAAAACGAAGAAUGUUUCCACUGAGUCAAGGACGCCAGGCGAAGUUCAGGUCCAACUCAGAAAGCCGAAAUGUUCAUUUUUCAAAUAAAAGACGUUUGUUUUACUGCCGCAAAAUUCAGCAGCAUUAAUUUUUUUAGUUUUACAUUCAAAGUGGAUGGCAUGAGUGACUUCUGAAGUGCGCAAAUCUUUUUAGUUCAUUUUCAAUUAGAUGGGAAUUAAACGUUUUUUUUUUGGCUGACCCCAAACAUGUAUUUAAGUCCAAUCUAGCAAUAAGUGUCUUGAUGAAGGUAUCAAAAUACCGUCAUCAAAUAUACAUUAUACAUUUAUAUAUUAUAAAUAAAUCUUUUUUCUAAA